AGAAAAAACACACACACCACGGAAAAACAACCCCCUCCCCUUCAAAAAGUAAAGCUUUGAAUGUGGUGGAGUGGAGUCUAACUCCAAUGGGAAAAUUGCAUGAAGAAUGCAGAAGCAAGGAGACUUUUGCAGACAAGCACAUACCCCCCUCCAGCAUUAUUUAUGGAUUAAUAUUUGCAUUCACUUCUAUUAAAAUCCUAAGAACCCGUCCUUCUAGCUACACAUUUGGCAGUACAUAACUAUGUAUUAGCCUAUUAUUGACCACCAUGCAUCAUCUUCCAUCUGAUUUUCCAGGUAGUCCAUGCAAGUUGGCUGCAAGCGACACUCUAUACGAGAAGAUGAACUGGGAAGGAGGACACAGGUGAGCACUAACAGUGGUGCACACAAUUAAGCACAACCAGCCUGGACCUUCCAUCUCAAAACGUACAACAGUCCAUGUUCAUUAGUUUGACGAUGGUCACACUUCGCUGGAAUUGCUUCCAUCACUGCUUCCGUCCAUCAUCCAUCCUUGCAGCCAUGAGCUCACAGGCUGCCCAACUGUCUUACCACUACAAAUCUUUCUGUGGAGACUAUGAAAGGGUGGAGACUGCACUCGAGAGGCUGGAGGCCAGUGGCUACUACUGGAGCACCCUCUCAGGCACUGAAGCCAAAAAGCUAUUAUCUGAUCAGCCUGUUGGAUCCUUUCUUAUCCGUGACUCUUCAGAUCAUCACCAUCUGUUUACCCUUAGCCUUCGCACAUCUGCUGGUAUUACCAAUCUACGUAUUAAACUGGAGGGAACUUCUUUCUACCUGGAGACAGUAGCAGGAGCAGAAAGUGCUCCAACAUUUCCUUGUGUGGUGAAGCUGGUUGAACAUUAUAUGCGCUUGACAGCAGCAGGAGAGUCUGACUCUAAUCUGUGCUACAUUGAAGGGAAAGAGCAUCCAGUCCCUCUUAUGCUUACACAACCACUAAAUUGCAAAGUGGUGUCUCUACAGUAUUUAUGCAAAAGGACAGUGGUGGCCAACAUGCCUGAAGAAGCGUCUGGAUCCGAUGAGAACUUGGAGGAACUUCCUGUGUCUAAGAUGCUUCGGAAUGCCUUUCAAAACUAGAUAUGUUUAGUUAAGCUGGAAAACAUUUCAGGAGAGACUAUUAAAGUGACCUCAUGGCACUCUCUUAAAUAAAUGCCUAAAGGACCCUUGUUUCCAUGUUUUGUAACGUCCAGUAUGAGGUCAUACAGAAGAGUAAAAUGAAAAAUAGUUGAACUUAUUUAGACACCACAGAAAAUAUCUUUCCAAAGAAGAAAAAAAUCCUGGUGCAGAGAACAGUAGAUUAUUUCUUUAUAUAUAGAGAGUUGGCUUUUACCUAGAGGAAACACUUGGCUGUUAUUCAACUGCCUUGUAUUUUAUGUUUCUCACAUUUAUUUCCUUACUGUAUUCAUUUAUCAGCAUCUUGCAGACACAGUGAGAUAAGGAGCAUGACGUCUGUAAUGGAACAAUAUGUGACAUUAGACAAAAUAACAAGUUAAAAGGCAACAGAGAAACUAUACCCUUGAUACUUUCAGAUAUUAAAGGUAAUGAUUCUCUUGACAGUUCUGAACUUGUCCAUUGUUGUUAUUCGUUGUGCUUGUACUGUAUACAGUAGGUAUAAUAUGUUUUGGGUGCAAUUAAUCCUAUUGCCUUAAUGCAGAGGUCCCCAACCUUUUCUAGCUUGUAAAACUAGAGAUAAGGAACCUCACCCCAGACAAUACAAUUCACAGCUGAGCUUAUAUUUACGUCAUCAGGUUUACAGAUGGUAUAGCUAAUGGUGAACCUAGGAGCAGCAUGAUGUAGAAGCUGUAGAGUAGAAAGCCAAGGGUUUCUACACCAUGCUACUCAAAACUUUACCAUUCUCGGAUGACAAAUGUCUGAAACAAUGCUACAUGCUCUAUUGUUCGAAACCCUGAUGACGUUCAAAUGUGAAUUGUAUUAUCAGCAGUUUCAACCCAUCUAAACUGCUAAUAGCACUUAAUAGGUGACAGGGAGAGCAAGCCCUACCUCACAUGAUGGCCAUGCAGGUAGCAUGAACGAGAAGUUGAAAUUUUCCUUCUCCCAUUGCCACAACUGCACGCAAUUAUUCUGGAGGUGGUCCCUUCAUUUUGAGUUCCCUAGACUCUCUGCACUGAAUGCUUACUGACACCUUCCCUAGGCUUUGAGUGCCACCUCUAGCAUCCAAUUAGAGUCUUCAAAACUGGGUUUCAAAACUGUCACUUCUCUCUGGUUUUCACAAGUCUGUGGGUCUUCCAGCAAUAGGGACCAGAACUAGCAUAUAGCAUCAAAAAGUUAUUACAUAAGGUGAGUAUAGCCAUAGGACAUCCAGUACAACAUUGGCAAUCAAUAUGGUAAUAUUGAGCCAAUUAAAAUAUUACUCAGUUACAUGAGUAUUUCUCAGUUUUUAUUGCACAUGAAAUAGAUUUGACCCUAGAUCAUAGUUCAAGAAAUAUCAUACUAUCCUGAUUGG